AUGGAUCUACAUACUAUUAAAAGUCCUCUUUCUCUACGACCGGACCGCUAUCGCCGGACACGCAAUGCGUGCUGGAGCUGUCAUCGCCGCAAGGUGAGAUGUGAUGCCACGACGUACGGACGACCCUGUACCAACUGUCGUCUUGAUGGCUUUGAUUGCACGACUCGGCCUAAGAAUUCGAGAGAGUCCAGACAGGAUUCAACCAUUGUGGAUUUUGGUCAAGUUUCAGUCGCAAGUGGCAGUCAGGAAGAACAGACUGUUGUUUCCACAGCGAUCAAGAGUCAGACCGACGGCUCCAAGGUCUCUGACAUGAACGUCAUCAACGAUCAACAUAGCAACAACAACCACGACGACACUUCCACGAAUUCCGAGGCAUUGCAGACGCAGCAAACACCAAAUACUUUCUCAUGUGACAAGAACAUGAUGGAAGAUUCGGCUGUUUUCUUUUCCUUCUAUCGCUACCUACGAGCACCCAAUCUGCAUCAACUACAACCAGCCGAGAUGCUCUUUCUGGAAUCCCAAAAGAGUCUGCAUGUUCCUACAGGGCCUUUGCUAGACACGCUAAUUUCCCACUAUUUUCUUUACGUUCACCCAUGCCUGCCAAUCAUCAACGAAGCAGAGUUCUGGCCGAUGUUUCAUGGUACAGAGACAGAAGGUUCUCCCUUUUCGCUGCUUGUAUUUCAAGCGAUGUUGUUUGUCGCUUGCAGUUACAUCUCAUUAACCGAUGCCAAAAAAUCAGGGGCUGAAUCGAUCCUCAUCAUGCGCAAUACAUUUUACCGGCGUGCUAAGAUGCUCUAUGAUUUUGGCAUUGAGGGAGACAAUCUUUGCCUUUCUCGGGCGUUGUUAUUACUUACUUAUCAAAGUACCAGGUCAGACCAUUUGAGCAACACCACUUGGCUUGUUCUUGCAAUUCAACAGGCCCGCGCUGCGAAUGCACACCUCUAUCGCCAUUAUCCUGCCGAAUCAAAAUACAAGCGAUCGGACCUCAAGCGACUCUGGUGGUGCGUUGUCGUUCGGGACAGGAUAAUUGCUUUGGGCAUGCGGCGACCGCUGCAGAUACUCCCGGCUCACUUUGACACCACAUCACGAGACCUAUUGCUGGUUGACGACUUAUAUGAUGAGGUCUAUUCCUCCAAGGUCUACGACCCCGAGAGUAAAAUUAUGCUUUGCAAAAUCAUGACCAGCCAGUGUCAGCUUGCUCUUGCCUUGACGGAUUUGAUCAUGAUAGUAUAUCCCCCGGGCAUACAUAUGGGUCCACAAAAUGACCUGACUUCGGAAGAAACUCGAAUAGAUGAGAUCAAAUCUCGUCUUAAUGACUGGAAGUCCCAGAACAUGCUUCAACUGUCUCCAGAAGACUCCUGCCUUCAUGCGUGCAUCGUAUUUUAUAAGCAAUUGACUGUCUUGUACUUUGAAACCGCCCGUUUGGCGCUGUACCAUCAUAUUUCUUUCAGGAUUUAUCAACGCCAGCACCGGGAAAGUUGGCCCGAUUUGAUGGACGCAGUCACAAAGAUAAACGACACGGUGAAGCGUUUUGUUGUUGAUGGUACCGCCGGCCACUUGCCUAUCAGUGUUGCCGCAUACACCGUGUUACCCCAGAUAGUGUUGAACUUCAACCUUCGACUUUCUAAGGACGGCAUAGGCCGCAGGCGCCAAGAACACACCUUGAGGCUUUACAACGAACUCAAUCGUCAGCAUUUUCUACGCUACGACGUCUCCCAUGUUACGCUCUGGUUCAAUCACAUCCUCCGUAUCUUCGAGUCGUCUGUGUCCUGCACCAAAAAUCGUGCAGCGGAUGUUUUUCGCUCCCAGAGAUUGUCUCUGGGGAAACCUUGCUCGUAUAUGCUUGAAACACAGCCAGAAAUAUACUUCAAGCUAACUGGCAUUAUGGACGCUUUAAUGGCUACUGGUCAGCUCUCUGUAGAGCACUCGGAAACAAUGUUGAUACUCCCACCAGCAGAGCUUUCUAUGCCCCAGAUAUACCCAGAGCUUGCGGUAAUAUCUCCUACCCGUCUCCAGUCCACCCCCCACCAAAUUGGCCACUCAAUGAAAUUUGAAUCUGCAUGGAACACGGGAAGCACAGUGGAGCUUCCCAGACAAAAGGAUACGGACAUAAUGGUGGGACCGAGUGUUGGCAAUUUGUCGUCCGAUGACAUAUACUACACUCUGGAGGAGGAAGAUGGGGAUAUGAAUGAUGACCGACUAAUUCCAAUUAGUUCAGUCUCAAUUGGGACACUAUGUAGUAGUAUAGCGCUUUUUGGAGAGUAA